UUGCAAACAGACCAAACACACAAGUUCCAGCCACCACAGAGAAAGCACAGGUAAGCCAUUUUAGUCCCCUACUGUCGUCAAACCUACCAAGAUAUUGACUAUCGUUGUCGUGUUCAUGCUUAAACUAUUUAUUAACUGAAAACUUCCUUUGAAAUUGAGCAGAAAAGUUUGUGAGAUUUGAACUGCUGAAUAAAAUUACCUAUAGGAAAGGGUGUUAAUAAAGUGUUAAUUUAAGUCUAAUAACAAGUUUGGAUGUUCUUUGCUGUAUGGAGAAACUGUUGUCUUCGGUAUUCAGCCAAAAGAAGGCAAAGCAUGUUGAUAUUGACCAUGGCUAUUUGUGCUUGAUAAAUGCCUUAGGUCAGUAUUUCCCAAAAUGGUGGGUCGUGGAUGAUUCCUGUUGUGUCGUGGCUUAAGACUCAGUCCUGACUAGAAACACUGGUGGCUUCUAGUCAGGUGGUUUGUUCUAGAUUAAUAAAUGCCUUCUAUGUCAUGUCGGUGUAAGGAUGUGGGUCGUCACGGUCAUCGCUGUGUCCUGUCUCCUCGUCGGUACCUCUCUGGCCGGGGUCAAGGACCUGGGCUCUCACUUCAGCUUCUAUGACCAGAGUCCGACCCCAAAUACUAAGCCAGACCCACGAGGCCUUGGCCAGGGUGGAGCUCUGGACAUGGAGAACAUUCCUCUGGAGUUCCACAAAGAGAACACUGUGACCAACGAUCUGCCCCUGGAAGGCUACGAGGACGAAGACUACAUUGACUUUGACAAGAUCCUGGCCGAAGGGGGGGAUGACUACAGGUGGGUGAUAUACAUUGUACUCAUCCUCUAACAAUGUCAAGUGAUUUGAGCACUGGGAAGCUCUGUAGACAUGCUCUGUAGACAUCCAUUGAUUGAAGUGGCACAGUUGGCUGGAGCAUGGUGCAUGCUUGUGGGUUUGAUUCCACAAUUACAGAGUGUUGACUGUGUAAAUCAUUUUGGAAUAAAAACUUCUGCUAGUUUCAUAAUAUUUAUAUUAUUACAGUGAAGGGGAUACAAUUGAUGAGAUCGCAACUCCCGCUCCAGAUAUCGACAUCUUCGCUGAACCCUCAGACCCAAAGACACGGCGAGCCAGACUCCUACGCCUAUUCCACGGCCGCUCGCGCCUCCAACGAAUCAAUUUGGUCAACGCCCACUUUGGUUUCAAACUCUACCGUAGCCUUCGGAACGAAGUCAAUCAGACUGACAACAUUCUGCUGGCGCCCGCCGGAAUCUCCAUCGCCAUGGGAAUGAUGUCACUGGGAGCGGGGCCCAGAACACAUGCGCAGCUUUACCGGACGCUGGGAUUUGCCGAAUUCGUCAACGCCAGCCAUCACUACGACAACGUUACCGUACACAAGCUGUUCCGGAAGAUUACGCACAGACUCUUCCGACGGAACUUCGGAUACACAUUGCGAUCCGUUAAUGACCUGUACGUGAAAAAAGAGGUGGCGGUGGAACCAAGUUUCCGGGCAAAUACCAAGGCAUACUAUUUUGCGGAGCCCCAGUCGGUGGACUUCGGGGACAAGGCGUUUCUGGACAAGGCCAACUGGCGCAUCUCGAAGCUGACCAAAGGACUGAUCAAAGAACCACUGAAGAGUGUGGACCCCAAUAUGGUGCUGAUGCUACUCAACUACCUCUAUUUUAAAGGUAUGUACAACAUCAGAGAAAUAAGCCUCAACUAUGCCAUUUCUAUGGACCAAGGUUCAAGUAUCUUUCUGUCUAGCCUCAGAUUAGAUUUUAAAGUUGAUAUAUUAUGGGCUAUAUUACAUUUCCAUUACAUUUUAACGACCAGCUUCAAAUCCUCUCUUUGUAAACCAGUUGAGAAACAACUUCUUGACACAAGCCAGUCGAUCUCACCCACACAAACAGGUACAUGGCAGCAGAAAUUCCCAAAGGAGAUGACUCACUACCGGAACUUCCGUGUGAAUGAGAAGACAAAUGUUCGAGUGCCAAUGAUGCAGAACAAAGGGAACUACCUGGCGGCUGCAGACCACGAACUACAGUGUGACAUCUUACAGGUGGGUGGUAGACAUUUAGUUGGGGGAAGUGGGUUAGAAAAUAAAGAAGAUUUAGUGCACUGCGAUAUAGGCCUACGGUAUGCUUCCAAGUCAGAUGAUGCCCCUAAAGGAUCAAAAGUUGCUGUGAAACAAUGUUCUAGCCUUUCCAAUGUAAAGACAUUUGAAAACUGGAAAAGCACUAUUGUAGUCUACAUGAAUCAAACCAUGAUUAUUGCUAUUCUAGCUACCAUACGCCGGGAACAUCAGCAUGCUCAUCGCCCUGCCCAGGAAGAUCUCUGGCAUGAGGAACCUGGAGCAAGAGAUCUCCCCCACUGUGGUCAACAAGUGGCUAAGUAACAUGACCAACAGGUGAGACCAUAUUAUGACCACACCUGGUCACACCUGAACUACAGUUCAGAACAUAAUGACCACACCUGGUCACACCUGUCCAAAAGGUAAGAAAACAUGAUUGACGGACAGGCAGACUUGAUAAAAGACAUGAGCACACAUGACCAUACAAGACAAUAGGUGACCACUCCUGACAAUACUUGACCGGCAAGUGAGCAGACCUGGCCCCCAGGUAAGAACAACUGACUACACAAGGUGAACAGGAAAGAACACAGGUAAGAUUACCACUAGGUUAGAGUAUAGGGCCAAAACAUAACUAACAAAUGAUCGGAGUUAUGGGAUAAGAGAUAUGGGUCUAAAAUAUUAUAUUCUGUAUUGGUUUCUCCCACAGGACGCGUGAGGUUGUGUUUCCCAAGUUUAAGCUGGAGCAGAGUUAUGACCUGAUAGACAACCUGAAGGAGAUGGGCCUCACAGACCUGUUUGAGGAGAAGGGCGACUUCACUGGGAUGACUUCCGAGAAGAUCACUAUUAACUGGGUAAAUCUACCUUCUAGAGUAGAGUCCCACCUGACAAGUGCCACCAUUUUCACUUUAAUUUACUCUAUGCUAAUAACAUCAAUACACCAUCAAAGUCAAAUAAGUUUUGGCUAUCUAAUAAUGUUUAAAUAUGACUGGGUCAAGACAAGGUUCUGAACUAUGUUCUCUUUCUUUUUCUCCCCUCCCCACCAGUUGAAGCACCAGGGGACGAUCACCGUGAACGAGGAGGGGACAGAGGCUGCGGCUCUGACCCAAGUGGGCUUCAUGCCCCUCUCCUCCCAGAUCCGCUUCAUCAUCGACCGUCCCUUCCUCUUCCUCAUCUACGAGCACCGCACAGACUGCCUUGUGUUCAUGGGCCGCGUGGUCGACCCCUCACAGAGCUAAAAGCUUGGUAACGCUGUAUCUUAUAGGGAUAGUUCACCCAAAUUAUACAUUUACAUAUUGGUUUCUUUACCCUGUAAGCAGUCUAUGGACAGAAAUCCACGUUUUGGUUUUGUUUACCUGGCCACUAAUUAAUGUCCUUUUCCAGCAAGCAUCUACCCAAAGUAGGAAGCCAUUUCAAGAAUAUUUGCCUUUUAACCAAUCCUGCUGAUCCUACAAUGGGACUCCUAACCGGUGUCUGAGGGAGAGGUCAGUUAGGAGUGUUUGUUAUUUGCUGUCUGUUAAUGUUCCAUCUCUCCCUAUAUUUACAGUGGAGGCUGUUCGACUAGAAACUCUGAUAAUUUAUCGCCGUGACCACAUUGAUGCAAUGUUGUGACUGCUUUGGCUAAUCAAGAAACAUUUUAGAGAAAAUAAAUUAGUCCAUUUGACCAUGACUUAAAAAGAUUGGACAUUUUGUAACAUUUUUUUGUUUAGAUGUUCUGAAGUGUAUGUGAAGUUCUGUCUAGAAGGUUAGCUAAAAUGAUAUGCAAAACCAUUAAGAGACGUUUGAAAAUAAUUUUGUGUUGUAUGACAUACAUUAAAGGGGCUUUACAAGUUAAAAUA